AUGAUGCGUCACACCUCAUUCCCCUUUCGGCAUCUCCUGUGCUCUCCGGCUUGCAGCUUCGUGGCGUCCAAGUCUCGUCUGGAGGUGGCUGACCUGGAGCUCGUGUCAGAGACCGCCCUCGAUAUUAUCACAACCUGCCGCGGCCCUAGGGAUCUCUUCAUUCAGAUUCGUUGGUCGCAGUGCCUCUCCCGCAUCCUCCGCAAGCACCGCUACUCGCUCUCCCUCUCCAUCCCCUGGCGCCCGCUCUACUCCAUCCUCGCUAUACACCUCCCCUCUGCUCUAGGGUCCACCCCCCUGCCCGGCUACGUGGGAGCGGCGCUGCUGCAGAUUCACAUCAACGCCAUCACCGAGCUCAUCAGGCCGGCGAGAAGGUUUUUCCCGCCUGGCUCUGCUGCUGACAUCUGGGCCUUGCUCAGGCCACAGUUCGCUGACGUCAGCAGCAAUGAUGCUCUGGAGGCAGCGGCUCUGCUGAAUCUGCUGCUGCCAACCACGUGCCGCCACGUGGCACCAGGCGAGGAUGAUGCCUCUGCUGAAUGGAGUCUGUUGCUUAUUUUCGUUCUUCUCGUCGUCUUCUGUUCUCGUUUUACUGUUUCUCCGUGCUGCAGUGUCUGGGGUUGUGGCAUUGCAAAGAUUCUCGAGUCUUUCUCCCUCCCCAUCGGCCAAUCCCCAUCUGCCACGUCAGCGCUGCUUGAGCGCCCCGUCUCUCCAGCAUGCGCGCGUGUCUUCCUAUCGCUGCUUGACAGGUGGCAGCAGCGCAGAGUGCCGCACCAACAGCAGGUGGUUCGGGCCGUAGCUGGCGCCAAGCUUGUCGUCUGGCUGCUAGCAAACCCCGAACCAGCCGGCCAUGGUUCGGAUGCCGAACCUCCUGCUUCGGGUUCGGACCGAGCCUUGGAAUUGCAGGGAGGAGAGGCGUCGGUGCUACAGCUGUUUGAUAAGCUAUCGAACGAUCUGGAGCAGUUCUUUCACCCAUCCAACGGUGGAGAAUGGACAGGGCUGCUGGAGAAGAUGAUUCACUCGGCAACCUACCACCUGAUGAAGAGGAUUGCAGCAGAGAAGAAGAUUCAUGGCGACAGGUACCCCUCACAUGCUGCUUCUUCCCUGUCCCCUGCCACCACUACGGCCUUCAUCCGUCUGCUCACCCGGCUCAUCCACAACCGUGCUCUCUUCAGCAAGAGCCCCACCCUAUCUGCCGUCGCCUCCCGCGUGGCUGCCUCGCUGUCCUACUUGGCGCCACGUGUCACCCUGCCAGUGGUCCUAGAGAGCUUCCAGGGGGCGCUGACCACUGUCACGGCCACACACCAGCUCGAAUCCGCCCUCUCUACCCUCGCGCUCUCCGUCCGUCCCUUGCUGCUCGCUGCUGCUCAACCCCCCUCAGACCAAGACAGCGCACUUGACUCUAUGGAGGUGGAUGGUUCAGGAGCAGUGGGGCACGGGGAGGGUGGUGGCAUGGGCACGUGGCAGGAGAUGAUUGGGCGGGCGAGGGAGGUGGUGUCUGAAGCGCUGGUGGCAACGCUUCCUGGGAUUGACGCCAAUGAUCCACCCAAGACACUUGCUACCCUGCAUCUCUACCUCUCUGUCUUCUCUUCAGUCGGUCCAAUUGGGGACGAGGAAAGCCCUUUUGCGCUCUCCAUUGAUUGGUCCGCGUGGCUGGAGGACUUUCUCUCGCGCCUCUUCUCCCUCUUCUCUCACUUGGAGAGUGCUGCUCCCACUGCUACUGUCGCGAGCACUGCAGCAGGUGCUGAGAGAUCUUUCCUCAUGAAGGAGGCAGAGGGCUCAACCUUCCGCUCCACCGUCAGCAUUCUCUUCGCCCGCCUCUCUCCUCCUCUCCUCAAUCAGGUCAUCUCAAGGGUCGAACGAUACGUAUCCAGCUCUGUCGUCCGUGGAUGUGAGGAGGAAAUCGGUACAGUGCUGGCAGCACUCGCCUAUGCUGCUCCUGAGCCCACGUGCACUCGGAUCCUUGCUGGAGUCAUGGAUUCCGCCAUCUCCCUCCUCCAAUCGCUGCCUGCCACGUCAUUCCUGGGGCUCUCUGAGUCUCCUGCUGCUGCCGCGGAUGCAGGGGAGGCGCUGAAACUGCCAGCCAAUCAGCUGUCGACAACUCAGGAGGCCACGGUUCUCUUCCACAUGCACCUCGUCAGCAACGCUGUCCCCUUUAGUGGCUCUGCUCUGAUAGCACAUAAGGACCGCCUCAUCGCACUUAUCGAUGCUGCCUUCUCAUCCACCUCCCAGAAGGUGGUUGACGCAGCAGCAGAUCUGCUUCAGAAGCUUCUGUUCGCGCUCAUCUUCUAUUACCCCUUGAAUGAAUACACUUUCUUGGGCUGGGAGGAGUCAGCUCCAGGGGUUGAGAGGUGGUUUUCCAAACAAGCAGCAGCAGCAACAGCAUCAGCAGCAGCAGCAGAGCCUCCAAUGGCAGCAGGACAAGUGGCAGCAGCAGGGGCUCUCCAGUGGCACGUGCCGUCCACAGAAGAGACAGCGCUUGCCACCCAGCUUAUCGACAAGUACCUGGGCGGCGCAUUGAGGGACAUUCGGUGGCUGCGGUCGAGGCCUGCCACGUCAGCAUCAGCCAGCUCAGCAGCGGUUGGAGCCAAACUCGCCUGGCGAGUGGCCCUUCGUCGCCUCUGGGCCGUUUUCUCCGGUACCCGCACCAACCUCCCGGACCUGACCACCAGGUUCGGGAGCCAAGCCUCCGGCGCACCCACCGACACCACGGCACCAGGCACCCCUCUGGCAGUGGUGGGGCGGUCGGGCGUGACUAUAGGCAAUGUGACUAUGCGGGAGGAAGCUUCUGGGGAGCUUCAUGAGGCGUGUGUGUGGCUGGUGAGGCGGCAGAGGGACGACACUCAGACGCUGGCCUUGCUGGCUGAAGUGGAAGGGCUGCUGUUGAACCCAGGAACUCUUGAGUAUUCUGACUCGCUGCACGGGCUCAGGGUGGUGAAGCAGCAGGCAGGGUUGCUGUCAGAGUCUAAGGGGUCGCCGUGGAUGAAAGCUGGGGAAACGAGGAGAAGGCCGCCCUGGGUGCUGGCCGAACUCGCAUACGAGCAUCUCCUUUGGAGGGCGUCGCAGGCGCACUUCAAGACGAUCUACGCCGGCCAGCGCCGCCCGCCGCCGCUCCCUAGAGCGGUCAAGGUGCUGCUGGGGGACCUGCUGCUGCUGUCCGUGCACCGAUAUGAAUCCGUGCAGGGGUGA